AUGGUUGCUGCCCGCUGCUGCCCGCUGCUGCUGCUGCUCCUGUGCACCUGCAUGGCCCUGCUGCCACCGCCUCCGGGAGCCCAGGGAGCCCCACUGGAGCCCGUGUACCCCGGGGACGAUGCGACGCCAGAGCAGAUGGCUCAGUAUGCAGCCGAGAUGCGCAGACACAUCAACAUGCUGACCCGACUGAGAUAUGGGAAGAGUGCCGAGCAGGACCCACUGGCCUUUGCGACAGCCCCAGGUGGGUUCCAUCGCCUCCUGUUGGCCCAGCUGCCCACAGCUAAGAGGGAGACAAGGGCACCGGUCAGUGCCACAAGAAGCAGAGUCCGAGGAUGA